AGAGCCGGCCCCGCCGAGCCUAGAGAACAGACGUCAAACUGCCUUAUGAAUAUUGAUGCGGAGGCGAGGCUGCUUUCGUAGAGGAGCAGAAGGAAGCAAGAUGGCUGCCCUGUAGGAUUUGUUAGAAAGGAGACCCGGCUGAGACGGCGGUGGACUGCGAGGCUGAGGGACCAGAACCAGGCUGGCACACAUUCAGCAGCUUGCCCUCCCAAGACGCUUCAUGUUCCUUGUUCCUGUUCCGCCACGGUGCUUGGAAGCAGGAGAUGGGCUCGCUCACGGUCAACAGGACAUGAUCCAGGAGGAGCAGUGAGGGACGGUGCUGCUGGAUUCAUUCAAAGGGCAGCCUUGUGGAUGGCCCCGAAGCAAGCCUGAUGGAACAGGACAGAACCACCCAUGCUGAGGGCACCAGACUGAGUCCAUUCCUGAUAGCAUCACCGUCUCCCAUCAGCCAUACGGAACCUCUGGCUGUCAAACUCCAGAAUGGAAGCCCGUUAGCAGAGAGACCUCAUCUAGAAGUCAAUGGAGACACCAAGUGGCAAUCUUCCCAAAGCUGUUAUGGAAUACCCCACAUGAAAGGCAGCCAGAGCAGCCAUGAGAGUCCACAUGAAGACAGAGGGUAUUCCAGGUGCUUACAGAAUGGAGGGAUAAAACGCACAGUCAGCGAACCAUCUCUCUCUGGGCUCCAUCCAAACAAGAUAUUGAAACUAGACCAAAAAGCUAAGGGAGAAAGCAAUAUCUUCGAGGAAAGCCAAGAAAAAAACCCCGGUAAAAGCAGCAGUCAGCCAAAUGUCUCCGGACUAAGUGAUAAUGGAGAGCCCGUGACCUCGAUCGCCCAGGAAAGUUCAGGUGCAGACACUGAUGCUUUCCCAACACGGAACUACAAUGGAGUUGAAAUUCAGGUUCUCAACGAGCAGGAAGGGGAAAAAGGCAGGAGCGUUACAUUACUUAAAAACAAGGUUGUGCUAAUGCCUAAUGGUGCUACAGUUUCUGCCCAUUCUGAGGAGAACACACGUGGUGAACUCCUGGAAAAAACACAGUGUUAUCCAGAUUGUGUCUCCAUUGCCGUGCAGAGUACCGCAUCUCAUGUAAACGCCCCUAGCAGUCGGGCUGCUAUCGAGAUGUCCCACGAGAUCCCUCAACCAUCGCUUACCUCAGCACAGAUCAAUUUCUCCCAGACCUCAAGCUCGCAGCUGCCUCCAGAGCCAGCUGCAAUGGUGACUAAGGCCUGUGAUGCUGAUAAUGCCAGUAAACCAGCUAGAGUACCAGGUACCUGUCCUUUUCAGAAAGCAGAACACCAACAAAAGUCAGUUUUGGAGAUAGGCCCAUCUCUUGCAGAAAACAAAACCAUCCAAGGAAGCAUGGAGCUAUUUGCUGAAGAAUACUAUCCUAGUUCCGACAGGGAUUUGCAAGCUUCUCAUGGCAGCUCUGAACAGUAUUCAAAGCAAAAGGAAACCAAUGGUGCUUACUUCAGGCAAAGCUCAAUGUUCCCUAAAGAUUCCAUCUCUCCCACUACUGUGACCCCACCGUCACAAUCACUUCUUGCUCCCCGUCUUGUUCUUCAGCCUCCUUCAGAAGGAAAAGGCGCUCUGAAUGAUGUAGCUUUGGAAGAACACCAUCACUACCCCAACCGAAGCAACCUGACUCUUUUAAGGGAAGGGAAAAUAGACCAUCAACCCAAGACAUCAUCUAGCCAGAGUCUGAAUCCAUCUGUACAUACACCCAACCCCCCCUUGAUGCUUCCAGGACAGCAUCAGAAUGAUUGUGUCUCACCGUGCCAUGAAAAAUCAAGAAAAAUGUCAGAAUAUCUCAUGUAUUACCUGCCAAAUCAUGACCACAGUGGAGGUUUACAAGAACAUAGCCAAUACCUGAUGGGGCACAGGGAGCAAGAGAUUCCGAAGGAUGCAAACGGGAAACAAACGCAAGGCUCUGUACAGGCAGCACCUGGCUGGAUAGAACUGAAAGCCCCGAAUUUGCAUGAAGCACUCCAUCAGACAAAACGCAAGGAUAUAUCCUUGCACUCAGUCCUCCACUCUCAGACCAGCCCUGUCAAUCAGAUGAGCUCCAAACAGUCCACUGGCAAUGUCAACAUGCCAGGAGGAUUCCAAAGGCUAUCCUACCUCCAGAAAACAGCCCAGCCAGAGCAGAAGGCACAAAUGUACCAAGUGCAAGUGAACCAAGGACCGUCUCCAGAUAUGGGGGACCAACAUCUUCAGUUCCAGAAAGCUUCAUACCAGGAGUGCAUCCCCAGGACAGAUCUGUCACCUGAGGCUCACCCGCAAGCACCGAGUGUUCCUCAGUAUCAUUUCCAGCAAAGAGUAAAUCCCUCCACUGAUAAGCAUUUGAGUCAACAGGCCACAGAGACUCAACAGUUAUCAGGCUUUUUACAAUACACUCCUCAUACGCAGGCAUCACAAACACAAGCAUCCCAGAACUCAAAUUUCCCUCAAAUCUGCCAACAGCAGCAGCAGCAGCAGCUACAGAGGAAGAAUAAAGAACAAAUGCCUCAGACUUUCUCUCAUCUCCAAGGUAGCAAUGGUAAGCAAAGAGAAGGCUCGUGCUUUGGCCAGAUUAAAGUGGAAGAAAGCUUUUGUGGUGGAAAUCAGUACUCCAAAUCAAGUAAUUUCCAAACUCACAAUAAUACCCAGGGGGGGUUGGAGCAAGUACAAAAUAUAAAUAAAAAUUUUCCUUAUUCGAAGAUCUUAACACCAAAUUCGAGCAACUUACAGAUUCUCCCUUCAAAUGACACACACCCGGCUUGUGAGCGGGAACAAGCUCUACAUCCUGUAGGAAGUAAGACCCCAAACCUGCAGAACAUGCAGUGUUUCCCGAAUAAUGUGACCCCAAAUCAGGACGUUCAUCACCGGUGCUUUCAGGAACAAGCGCAGAAGCCUCAGCAAGCUUCGUCUCUGCAGGGGCUUAAAGACAGAAGCCAGGGUGAGUCUCCAGCUCCACCAGCCGAGGCAGCUCAACAGAGGUAUUUGGUGCAUAAUCAAGCAAAGGCACUUCCUGUGCCUGAGCAAGGAGGAAGUCACACACAGACCCCUCCUCAGAAGGACACUCAGAAGCAUGCUGCCUUAAGGUGGCUUCUCUUACAGAAGCAAGAACAGCAGCAAAUACAGCAAUCCCAGUCUGGUCAUAACCAGAUGCUUAGGCCAAUCAAGACUGAGCCUGUAUCCAAACCUUCUUCCUAUAGAUGCUCCUUGUCACCGCCACAAGAAAACAUGUCCAGAAGGAUAAAGCAAGAGAUCUCCUCUCCAAGCUGUGACAAUGGGCAGCCAAAGAGCAUCCUCGAGACCAUGGAACAGCACCUGAGGCAGUUUCAGCUCAAGUCACUCUGUGACUAUAAGGCUCUGACUCUCAAGUCACAGAAACAAGUGAAAGUGCCCACAAAUACCCAGGCUGCAGAAUUGGAGAGCCACCCCCGAGCUGCAGAGCCUCAAGCAACCAAAAGAACAGCUUGUUCUGUUCUCAACGAUGUUUCAGAAUCAGAUACUCCUGGUGUACAAAAUCAGAAUGGCAAAUGUGAAGGAUGCAAGCCAGAAAAAGAUGAGGCUCCUUAUUAUACCCAUCUAGGAGCUGGUCCUGAUGUGGCAGCUAUUAGAACACUCAUGGAAGAAAGGUAUGGAGAGAAGGGUAAAGCUAUUAGGAUUGAAAAAGUCAUAUAUACUGGUAAAGAAGGCAAGAGCUCUCACGGAUGUCCUAUUGCUAAAUGGGUAUAUCGGAGAUCGAGUGAGGAGGAGAAACUACUGUGUUUGGUACGAGUGCGACCUAACCACACGUGUGAGACUGCGGUGAUGGUAAUUGCCAUCAUGUUGUGGGACGGAAUCCCAAAGCUGCUCGCGUCAGAACUCUACUCAGAACUUACAGAUAUCCUGGGCAAGUGUGGCAUAUGCACCAACCGUCGCUGUUCUCAGAAUGAAACGAAGAAAAUGCCAUCACCACCCAGUAGAAACUGUUGUUGUCAGGGUGAGAAUCCAGAGACCUGUGGUGCCUCCUUUUCUUUUGGUUGUUCUUGGAGCAUGUACUAUAAUGGAUGUAAGUUUGCCAGAAGCAAGAAACCAAGGAAAUUUAGGCUACAUGGAGCUGAGCCAAAAGAGGAAGAGAGACUAGGUUCUCAUUUGCAAAACCUGGCUACUGUCAUUGCUCCAAUAUACAAGAAGCUUGCACCCAAUGCAUACAAUAAUCAGGUUGAAUUUGAACACCAAGCUCCAGACUGCUGUUUGGGUCUGAAGGAAGGCCGGCCAUUCUCAGGGGUCACUGCAUGUUUGGACUUUUCUGCUCAUGCCCACAGAGACCAGCAGAACAUGCCAAAUGGCAGUACAGUGGUGGUCACCCUCAAUAGAGAAGACAAUCGAGAAGUCGGAGCUAAGCCUGAGGAUGAGCAGUUCCACGUGCUGCCUAUGUACAUCAUCGCCCCUGAGGAUGAGUUUGGGAGUACGGAAGGUCAGGAGGAGAAGAUGCGGAUGGGGUCCAUUGAGGUUCUGCAGUCGUUUCGGAGGAGAAGAAUCAUAAGGAUAGGAGAGGUGCCCAAGACUUGCAAGAAGAAAGCGGAGACCAAGAAAAAAGCAGCUCGAAAGCUUUCUUCUCUGGAGAACUGCUCUAGUAGGAGGGAAAAGGAAAAGUCUUCCUCACGUACAAAGCUGAUGGAAAAUGCAAGCCAUAUGAAACAGACGACAGCACAACUGCAGCUUUCGGGGCCAGUCAUCCAGCAGCCACCAACACUCCAGAAGCACCUUCAGCAAGGGCAGAGGCCACAGCAGCCGCAGCCACAGCCACCUCAGCCACAGCCACAGCCACAGUCACAGCAUAUCAUGCCCGGUAACUCUCAGUCUGUUGGUUCUCAUUGUUCUGGAUCCACCAGUGUCUACACGAGACAGCCUACUCCACACAGUCCUUAUCCCAGCUCAGCACACACCUCAGAUAUUUAUGGAGAUACCAACCAUGUGAACUUUUACCCCACUUCAUCUCAUGCCUCGGGUUCAUAUUUGAAUCCUUCUAAUUACAUGAACCCCUACCUUGGGCUUUUGAAUCAGAAUAACCAAUAUUCACCUUUUCCAUACAAUGGGAGUGUGUCAGUGGACAAUGGUUCCCCUUUCUUAGGUUCUUAUUCCCCCCAGGCUCAGUCCAGAGGUCUGCAUAGAUAUCCAAACCAGGACCAUCUCACCAAUCAAAACUUACCACCCAUCCACACACUUCACCAACAGAGGCUUGAGGACAGUCCCUCUAAGUACUUAAGUUAUGGAAACCAAAAUAUGCAGAGAGAUGCCUUCACUAACUCUACCCUAAAACCAAAUGUACACCACCUAGCAACGUUUUCUCCUUACCCCACCCCCAAGAUGGAUAGUCAUUUCAUGGGAGCUGCCUCCAGAUCACCAUACAGCCACCCACACACUGACUACAAAACCAGUGAACAUCAUCUACCCUCUCACACGAUCUACAGCUACACGGCAGCAGCUUCUUCGGGCUCAGUGAGCAGUUCCAGCCACGCCUUCCACAACAAGGAGAAUGACAACAUAGCCAAUGGGCUCUCAAGAGUGCUUCCAGGGUUUAAUCAUGAUAGAACUGCUUCUGCUCAAGAACUAUUAUACAGUCUGACUGGCAGCAGUCAAGAGAAGCAGCCUGGGGUGUCAGGCCAGGAUGCAGCUGCUGUGGAGGAAAUUGAGUAUUGGUCAGAUAGUGAGCACAACUUUCAGGACCCUUGCAUUGGAGGGGUGGCUAUAGCUCCAACUCAUGGGUCAAUUCUCAUUGAGUGUGCAAAGUGUGAGGUUCAUGCCACAACCAAAUUAAAUGAUCCCGACCGCAAUCACCCCACCAGGAUCUCACUUGUACUCUAUAGGCAUAAGAACUUGUUUCUACCAAAACAUUGUUUGGCUCUCUGGGAAGCCAAAAUGGCUGAGAAGGCCCGGAAAGAGGAAGAGUGUGGAAAGAAUGGAUCAGAGUCUGAGAAAAAUCAUGAGCCCACAGGGCCACAAGAACCCAGUUACCUGCGUUUCAUCCAGUCUCUUGCUGAGAACACAGGGUCUAUGACUACAGACUCUACCGUGACUACAUCACCAUAUGCUUUCACUCAGGUCACAGGGCCUUACAACACAUUUGUAUGACGCUGGCCAUUAGGCCAGACCACCAAGGACAACCUGUGAGCAGUAUGUCUUUCAUGGCAUGGGCCGUAGGAACAGGUCACAGCAUCUGUGACAAAUGCAGUGUGUGUUUGUGUGUAUGUUUAUUCGGGGGGGGGUGUCAGCUCACCAGCAAAAUAGUUUAUUUUACCAUUAUAUUUAAUCUCUCCCGUGGUCCAUGGUGGCAUUCCGGAAGAGCAUCCUAUGCAAGGGCACAGUGGGGAGGAAGCGCUGGACAUUUGUCUUGAAAACCACUGGUUCUCUUAUUGGCUGAGGUCAUGCAUGUGCCAUGCCCCUCAGCGUGCUACACGUGACUGCUUCUAGUACUCAGCGUGUGUAACCAUGGGACACAGCGCUGUAGUAGAGCAGUUGCAGGAAUCAUCUGGUGCUGACGUAUGAUGUACUGAAGAAAUACUGGAACUAUGACUUUUUAACAUGCAGGUUUUUUUACUGUAAUCUUAAUAACUUAUUUAUCAAAGUAGCUACAGAAAGCUUAAGUGAAUAAUGGCAAAACACUGAAUCUGUUUGGGUGUUAACAUUAAAUGGUGCUACAAAUGGUGUUUUUAAUAGCUGAAAAAUCAAUGCCUUCUAUCAUCCAGCCAGUGUGGUCAAGGGCCCUGGAGGAACUGGGGUACCUCUGAUUUUACAUUUCUAUCUUAAUUAAUUAUUCAGCUUAGUUUUUAAAAUGUGGACAUUUCAAAGGCCUCUGGAUUGUAGUUAUCCACCGAUGUCCUUGUAGGACUAUAAUGAAUACAUAUGUACACUUAACACAUGUGUACUGAAAUAUUUUAAGUUGUGUCUUAGAAAAGCACUUUGCCUACCUAAGCUUUGGUAACUUGGGCAAUGCUAAGGUACUAAAACAUAAAAACAAAACAAAACAAAAGUUUACUUUCAUUUAGGAUUAAAAGUGUUUUUUUUUUGUUUUGUUUUGUUUUAAGGAAACAUUUGCUUUGCUCUUAGCCACUAUCGGCUGAUGAGCAAUAUCAGGCCUGUUACAAUCCAAACCGAAGCUGAAUGGAUAUGCUAGUCCACAGAAAACAAAAAACAGUUUUUGGUGCUCACCUUACAUGCUAUCCUGUAAAACGGUGGUAGGGCAAGCUAAUCCCUCCUGUGUAUACAGCUUAAGAACUUCUGUUAACUGCAGGUGUCUGUAGCCCCGUGCUACAGACAGAGCAAAGCUUGCCCACUUACGGCCAUGUUGUCCCACACACAGACCUGUAUGUUCUUCAGGACAGCAGGCUGCCUUUGUGUUCAUUACAUGCUUUGUGGUGUCAUUUCUUAGCUAAGUGUUAUACAUACCAGGAAGAUUGAGUGGACUGAAACCCGCAGAAGAUGAGGAGACAUGGUUAAGUCCAUAGGACUCUACUGGUUACAGAGCAACCAACAAAAACCGAAAGACAAUAGGCAGCUGGUUUAUGGUGAUUUUAAAGAUUAAUUUGUAUUAAAAGGUAAAAAAGAGUUGUAUAGUAAAUUAAAUUGUAAAACAAAACCUUUUUUAAUGCAAUGCUUUAGUAUUUUAGUACUGUAAAAAAUUAAAUAUAUACAUGUGUAUAUAUAUAUUAUAUAUAUAUAUAAUAUAUGAGAUUGAAGAAAAAUUCACAUCAUGAUGGUGCUACCCAGAUUGCUCCACAUAGAUCUUAAUGUGAGCUAAGAAUCCAUUCAAAGUUGGAGUGGUGUUCCUACUUGUCGUCAUACCUCAACACUAGCUAGGCAAUGGGAUACUGAACUAACAGUGGAGGCUUAGAGCAUUGUAGACCACCAUUUUUCUUUUUUUUUUAAAAAAAAAUCUUUGUAUUAAGACAUACCAUUUUUAAAUACUUGAUUUCUUAGCAAGUAUAACUUGAAUCUCAAACUUUUUUUUUUCUAAAAAUUCAGGGAUAUUUCAGCUCAUUCUCCUUAUGCCAACAUGUCAUCUGUUUGUGUAAAGUUGUCGGUUAAUAUAUUCUCUUUCAGAGGAUUGGAAUCCCUCGUAUUUUGCUUGUACAUGUACUGAUAACUGAAAACUAAUUUUAUAAAUUUUGUCACCUUUCAAUUGUAAAUUUUGGAGAGUUGGCGUUCAGCAGAGUAAAAAGUGUAAAAUAGGAAGCCCUGAGCUGGCAGAGGGAGAUGGGGGGGUACAAGACAUCGCCGGUAAUGGCUUCUGAUCUAGUGACUAGGACAGCUUUGGACUGCAGCUGGACAGUCCUAGGAGCUGGUGGUGUGCUGUGCAAUAGGACUCUUGUUACAUUGUGGCCUAAAUACAGUGUUGCUUACUAGCUUUGCAAAUAGCUUUGAGACCUUUGUCACAUUUGUCACUAAAAGCUUUCAGAAUGUCUGCCUUCACACACACACACACCAAAAAAAAAAAAAAAACCCACAAGGUUAACGGUUUCCACACCAUGAUGUUGAGUCCACAUAAGGUUCCUGCAAGGUGUGCUUGGCAAUUUUUUUUUUUUUUGAGCCAGCCAUCCCUAAGGAAUAUUUGCUUUACAUGUCACCCACUGUCAUUUGUCAAACUGCUGGCCAACAGGAGCAGUAAGUGUGGUUUGAGAGGAUGGGUGGUGUAGGGAGGAAGGCAGUGACAUCCCACCUCUGUCCAUUAGAUCAAGUGGGAGGCAGAUCUGUGAUUUGCUUCUAUAGGAACAGCUUGACUACAUAGCCAUACUUGAUACAAGUGCUUCUGCUUGGUGUCAACAUUACUUGAAUGAAUUUUUCAUCUUGAUUGACGCACAGUGAUGUAUAGUUCACUUUACAAGGUAGUGUGGUUAACUGGUUAGGGAUUCUCUUUUGCAGUUUGACACUAAGGUAAUGAACUUCUGUGUGCAUUUUUCUAUGCUUUAUUUUUUUAAUGUAGCUUACUUCCUGAGAUGUUGGCUUUGUUUAUACAAUCUGAGGGUGGUUAUAAAUACUGUAAGUAUUGUAAUGUUAUGAAUGCAGUUUAUUUUAAAGCUGUUUAUUAUAUCAUUCCUGAUAACGCCAUGUGAGUGUUUUUAAUAAAAUUUAUAUUUAUUUAAUGCACUCAAGUAUUAUGUUGCAGAGGUUUUUGUUCCAUAAUUGAGGUAAAAUGGAAUGGAGCGAUUUUGUUGUUUUACAAGAUACUUUUUGCAUAGUUCUUAAACAUGGUUACCUAAAUCUAAAUUUCCCAGUCAGAUCUACUCACCAUGCCAUCUCCUCACUUUCAACCUAAUUCCUCUUGUACAUAACCAGGAAGGGCCAUCAUUUUAGCUUGUGCCUAUU